AUGCGUGGAAAGAAACCUCUCAAGAGGAGUGUCCCUGCUGAAGAAAGCAAUGGUACUCCCGAGAUUAAAAAACCUAAAUGUAAGUAUGUGGUCACUCAUAGCUCCCACAACACUGUUGGUGGUUUGGUGCUCACCCUUGGACAAGGUGAUGUGGGUCAGUUGGGCCUUGGAGAAAAUGUGAUGGAACGGAAGAAGCCGGCACUUGUACCGCUUGUAGAACCAAUAGUACAGGCUGAGGCUGGAGGAAUGCACACAGUUUGUCUUGCAGUAUCUGGCAGUAUUUAUACAUUUGGCUGUAAUGAUGAAGGAGCACUAGGUCGGGACACAUCAGAGGAAGGUUCGGAAACAGAACCUGGGAAAGUCCAGCUGCCAGAAAAAGUUGUACAGGUGUCUGCAGGGGAUAGCCAUACUGCUGCAUUGACAGAAGAUGGAAGGGUGUUCCUUUUUGGAUCAUUCAGGGACAACAAUGGUGUUAUUGGGUUACUGGAGCCUUUGAAGAAGAGUAUGGUUCCUGUACAGGUCCAAAUAGAUUCUCCUGUAGUGAAAAUAGCAUCAGGAAAUGACCACCUUGUGAUGCUUACCGCUGAUGGUGAUCUGUAUACAUCCGGGUGUGGCGAACAGGGACAGCUGGGCCGUGUACCGGAGAGAUUUACUAACCGUGGAGGACGCAAGGGCCUAGAGAGACUGCUUAUUCCUCAGUGCAUCCGCCUUAAGGUGAAAGGUUGUGGACGUGUUGCGUUCCGAGAUGUUUUCUGUGGUGCUUAUUUCACGUUUGCUGUGUCACAAGAAGGCCAUGUUUAUGGAUUUGGCCUCUCUAACUACCAUCAGCUGGGCACCAAGACUACUAGCUCAUGCUUUCAACCCAAAAACUUGACCUCUUUCAAAAACUCUACUAAAUCCUGGGUUGGAUUUUCUGGUGGCCAGCAUCAUACUGUGUGUCUUGACUCAGAAGGAAAUGCAUACUGUUUGGGGCGUGCAGAGUAUGGGCGACUUGGCCUUGGAGAGAGCUCUGAAGAGAAAAGUGAACCCACACUGAUACCUGGUCUCCCUAAAAUAGCAUCUGUUGCAUGUGGAGCUUCUGUCAGUUAUGCUGUAUCUAGGGAUGGCCAUGUCUUCUCCUGGGGUAUGGGAACUAACCAGCAGCUUGGUACAGGUAAAGAGGAUGAUGUUUGGAGUCCUUAUAAGAUGACGGGAAAGCAGCUUGAGAACAGAGAUGUGUUGUCUGUGUCCAGUGGAGGUCAACACACUGUCCUAUUGGUGAAAAAUUGCAGCUGA